UCUCCAGCCAUCAACUGUCCCCCUCUGUCCCCUCAGGACCUGCUGGCUCUCCUUCACGAGCACGGGCCAUCCACGGAGGGGAUCUUCCGGCUGGCGGCCGGCGAGCGCGCCUCGCGGGAGCUGCGGGAGGCCCUCGACAGCGGAGCGGAGGUCCACCUCCAAAGCCAGCCUGCGCGGCUGCUGGCCGUCAUCUUGAAGGACUUCCUCCGCAAGAUCCCCUCCAAGCUCCUCGAGGCAGAGCUCUACGAGGAGUGGGUGAGCGCCCUGCAGAAGACCAGCAGGCAGGAGAAGCUGGCGGCACUGAAGGAGGUGGCCAGCAAGUUGCCCAGCGCCAACCUCCUCCUCCUCAAGAACUUGCUCAUCCUGCUCCGAAACAUCAGCACAAACGUGGCCACCAGCAGGAUGAGUGCCGGCAACCUGGCCAUCUGCGUGGGGCCAAGCCUCCUGAGCCCAGCCGAGGAGCACACGCUUCCCCUGGACGUCCUGGUGCAGGAGACGGGGAAGGUGACGCGGCUGGUGGAGUUCCUCAUUGACCACCACGAGGAACUCUUUGGGGAGGAGGUGGCCGAGCUUGGCAGCGCAUCGGCCGAGGAGCAGCCGGCACCGGCGCUGGGAGGAGGAGCAGCAGAGGUGGCCCCGCUCGCUCCAGAAAGAGAACACCUGAGGAGCUCAUCUGCGGAGAGAAGGUGCCCAUUUAGUUCUGCUGCUUGGAUUCCCCGCACGAGCUCUGACGCCCGGCCUUCGAGGAGCACGCUGCAGCCCCAGCACCACCUCGGUGGAGGCGAGGAGAGAGGCACCGUGCCGCCCUGCUCCGUCCAGCAGACUGCAGCGUCACACCGCUAA